AUGGACGAAGACAUUUCCAACUUCAGCGCCAUCACAAAUGCCGACCCCCAGGUAUCUCGCGGCUUCCUGGAAAUGUCGGGCGGCAACCUCGAGGCGGCCGUCCAACUCUUCUUCGAGAACCCGGACCUCCAAACUGGCUUCGGCGCCGCCGGUUCCACUACGGUCCCUCCUGCUGUCCCUUCCAGCACACGCCAUACCGGUACCGGUACGAGUGCGGGUGCGGGUACGGGUACGGGGAACCGGAACCACCCGAUUCAGAUCGACAGCGACGACGAACAAGAUGAUGUCAGCAUGACGGAAAACGGCGACGACGACAAUGUACAAGUACUCGGCGGAGAUGACGAUGAUACCGAGGAGGCGGCCCGGAUCGCCCGCACUGCACAAGAGGAGGAAGAUGCUGCUAUGGCGCAGCGGCUUCAACAGGAGCUGUUUGGCGGGGAUGGAGGGGGAGGUUCUGGCGCUGGCGGCGGCGACGGUGGUCCUGAGGGCGUGCGGUCGCCUAUCCGAGCGACGACGGACACGCUGGUUGGGCCGACUUUUGGGGGACUGUAUGAUGAUGGCGAGGUGUCGUCGUCGUCGUCGACGUCGUUUAUUCCGCAGCAGAUCCGGCAGACGGCAGCUGCCCGACCACGAGGUGGCCCCCGAAACCCGUUUAACCACGAAACUAGUAUUUGGGACGACGACCGUGACGCCGCCCGAGCCGGGGGACCCAACAACUCGAGCGAGCGUGCACGUCGUCUCGCGGACCUCUUCCGCCCCCCCUACGGCCUCAUGUCGCGACUGGAAUGGGACGAGGCACGAGACCAAGGCAAAGAGGAGAAGAAAUGGAUCAUGGUCAACCUCCAGGACAACAGCAUCUUCCCGUGCCAGGCCCUCAACCGGGACAUCUGGAAGGACGAAGAGGUGCAGGAGGCGGUGCGGGAGCACUUCAUCUUCCUCCAAUACUCCAAGAGCUCGCUGGACGCGCAGCAGUACAUCACGUUCUACUGCCAGGGCAACAGCCACGAGAACCCGGACAACUACCCGCACGUGGCCAUCAUCGACCCGCGGACGGGCGAGCAGGUCAAGCUGUGGAGCGGGCUGCCGUUCCCCAGCGCGAAGGAUUUCCUGGUGGACGUGCGGGACUUUCUGCGCCGGUACAGCCUGGACGGGAGCAAGAAGAACCCGGUGGCCAAGGAGACGGCGAAGCGGCCCAAGACGAUCGACGUGGACCGCAUGACGGAGGAGGAGAUGCUGGAGCUGGCGCUGCAGAACAGCAUGGCGACGGCGGCCAACGGCGGUGGCGGCGGCGGCGGGGGGGCGGGCGGUAGCGGGGCGACGUUCAAGUCUAAAGAAGAAGAAGAAGAAGAAGAAGAAGAAGAAGAAGAAGAACAGGCGGCAGCGAGCGCGUUCGCUUGCAUCGCGAGCGACAAGCCGCACGAGGAGCCGGAGCACGACCCGGGCACGACGACGCGGAUCCAGUUCCGGCUGCCGACGGGGGGCCGGGUGAUCCGGCGGUUUAAGACGGACGAGCGGGUGCGGCGGGUGUUCGAGUGGCUCAAGGCGGAGCCGAUCGCGGGCAAGGAAGGGGUGGAGUUUGAGCUGAAGAAGAGCCCGCAGGGCCAGGACCUGCUGGAGGCGCUGGAGCAGACGAUUCAGGAGGCGGGGCUGAAGCAGGGCACUGUCAUGGUUGAGUUUUUGGAGUGA